GAAUAUAACAACACAACAUAUUUUCCUCGUAUCAACGCGAGAGCGACAUUUGCGCUACAAUGUAUGUGAGACUUCCGAAGAGUACAGACGAUUUUCUGCUAUGGAGCACCCGUAAAGAGGCUGUGUGAGUUUUCCUUGCACCCUAUUUUACGCGUGAAAAAACGAUUUUAAACUAAAGAAAUUCUUGUGUCGUGUGGUAAUAGAAAUAACUAAAGUUGAAUUCUGGUUACAAGCGGAUUAAUCUAGGUCCUAGUGAACCAUGGGGGAACGUUUGUUGAACGAAACAGAGAGCUUCGAGAUGCUCAAGGCACUGUAUGAUUUUACGGCUGUUUACCCAAAAACAAUUAGCUUCGAUGAGGGUGAAUACUUUAUACUACAUCAAACCAGUGCCCGGCAAAGGAACUGGUGGCAAGUUGUCAGUAUGAAGGGCAACAUUGGCUUCGUACCAUCGAAUUAUGUCAUGAAACUGAAGGUCGAUCCAAACUUUCUCAAUGGAUUUCUUGAAUCCAGUAUCGAAUCGUUGCGAAUGUCGACCGAGAAGGAAAUAAAUGGCAUUAUUAACCGAGAUGAACUCAUCGAUCGGCUGGUCGAAAAGCAGAAUAAAAUCGAAAAAAUACUUAAGAGUGAAUUCUCCGAAGAUGACGAUGAAGAAUCGCCAGUAAGAAUCGGUAAUGGAACUAUUCCGAAUAUGGAGAAACGUGCUUAUGAUAACUGUAUAGAUUCAUCUCCCAAUCACCGAAGCGAACGUCGCCGAUCUCCAGUGCCAUCGAAACCGGAAAAACUUUCCAAAAAAUCACUUUCAAGCUCAGCCGUAUGUGCUGCUACCAAUGUCCCCCAAUUUGUACAAGAAAGUCCAAGUAUGAGCGUACUAUCUUCGAAACUGAACCAGGAAGAGCCUCUAACACCAACUGCGCAGGAACACAGUAUCGUAUCCGAGGUGUCCGAAACGGAAACAACCAAUACUGCAACCACCACUACAACGACAACCACCAGUGACGAAAUUACUGCUAUAUCUCGAGGUGACGAAGAUAUCCCCAAAACAGAGCCAACGGCCGAACCGGAGGCGCAAACAGAUCAGGAGAUGGAGUUGGAAACAACCAACAAUGACGACAUGACGGCCAGUGAAAAUGAACCCCAGCCAAAAGAGUCUUCUACCAAAGAACCUACCAGCGAUCCGGAAACAAUUGCUGAAAGUCAGAAUUUGAACGAAAUCCCAUUAAUGAACAUCGAACCGCAAGACGUAUACCAGGUGGUAGACGCAAUUCGCACCAACACAAAUCUGAGCCACGAAAUGGCUUGCGUGGCGCUUCGUGUAAUGCUCAGUGAACUUGAGCCUAUACUGCCUCCGUCGGUGGUGAAACACCUGGAACCCGUUGCUUUACAUUUAACAGCCCCUCUUGAUGUGGCCGAUGGUUUCCUAGCACAAACACACGAUGCGCAACGAUUACGCGUCAUCUUUGCCGGUUUGUCGGAGUGUAAAAACGAUUCCGAACAGCGCACCUGGAUGUUACAUGAAGAUGAAGCGGACAUCAGCCGCUACCUGUGUGAACUUAUUGGUAUUCUCACCGAUGCGGAUCCCAAGAUCUGCCGCAAUGAAAUGGCCGUCGAUCACUACCAGAGUGUCAUCAAUCUAGUUUUAUAUUAUCAGAUGGAAACUCGCUGGUCCAUACGAAAGUUACUGCUGAAAGCCUUCAAAGCUAUGUGUCACCUUGAUUACACGACGGUGGACAUUUUGCUUGGGUCAGUACUUCCCUUGGAAAUAGUUCAGGAUAUGAUUUCCAACGCAAGGAACGUAGAGAAACUGCAAGAGCUAGCCAACAUGUUGAUCAUUGUGUUUUCAAUCGGCAGAAAGAUGCCUAUAAAUCAACAGGAACACCUACGUGCGGAUUUCGUUAUCUUCUUGUUGAAUCUGAUAGAAACUCCUCCGGAAACGGAUGUGCACAAUGUUCUCUCUGACACCAUGAUCAAUUUGAUUCUAUCGUUCAAUUUGCAAUUUGAAAACUUUACGGAGAACGUUGUGUUAGAAGCAAUGGAACAAAUCCGGACGGCAAAAACAUUUACGGAAAAGAUACUGGUUCUCAUAAAUCGUGAAGAAGAUCCAGUCCACACAUUGAAGCACACUCCUGCGCAUACAAAUCCGGUUCUGAAGAUGCUAGUAGAUCUAUUCAGUCGGCCAGAAACUGCUUCCAUUUUCUAUACGAAUGAUCAAAAUGUACUCAUUGACAUUCUGGUGCGUCAGUUGUCGGAUCUCUCUGCUGGGGAACCCAUCCGCAAAUGGUACUUAGAACUGUGCCGAAAAAUUGUCAGGAACACAGGCUAUCCCGAACACCAGCAUCGUAAACAAGAUUUGAUGAAGAUUUUCACCCGCAUUUUCUGUGAGGAAACUGAGUGCAGCGCCGGAGAUCAACAGAUUGUUCGAGAAAUCGCGAAUGAAUUCCCGCAGAUCUUCAAAGCGUGAAAAGUACUACAAGAAGAAAUCACCUCAGCAAUACAAAUCUUUAAAACAGAAAAAAACAGCAACGGAAAAAAGCGCAUUUCCAUACGAAUGCCUUUGGAUUAUAUUAUAAAUUAUUACGUUAUUGUUGACGAAAAUAGCCUGUUUCUCAAAUUUCUGCUGCAAAUAUGUUUAAUUUUGGCGGCACGACAUCCGGCAUUCAUAACUAACCGUAUUGCGAUUAAAGUCUAAAAAAGCCAACGAAAAGUUUUUCCAAACUUGCCGAUAGUUUUCAAAACACGACGCGACAGAACUAGUCAAAUUUUACCUACAGUAAAAAGUUUCUUAUAGUAAUGAAACAGCAUUUUUACCCAUAAAGAUAAAUUAUUUUAGAUAUAAUACAAUAUCCUUUUUGAAACACAUUAGUUCUAUGAACAACAAGAAUAAGAAAUUAGAGAGUCUGAAACAAAAAGACAUCAGAACGAAUAACAAAACAUUUUUUUAACAAAGCACAAACCCAAAUUGUCACAACUUUCAAGCUAAUUCUCUUCCAUGUAAAAGCAAGUAUACGACAGCUGUCGGGUAUUCUCUUGAAACACCAUUCUGAUUGUGCUACAUCUUACAUUUACAGUUAGUAAUAAAAUGCAAUUAUUUCCCAUUAUCCCUGUUAUUUGUCAUUGUUUCUCUAAAGUAACAAUAAUCAAAAAAAAUCACACAGAGCUUAUUCAUUGUAUUGAAUUUAUGUAGCAUCGGAAAUAUGUUAUUCAUAUAAGAUUGGCUCGUUAAAACUUGAACCAUAGUUUAUGAUACUUGUUUGGAACACAAAUUGGCAAUUUUAUUCCAAUCGCAUUGUCGUUGAAUUAGUACCUAAGAAACAAUAAAUCAAAACCAAAUAAUAUAAAUAUAUAUAUCUCGGAAAUGUUUGAAUUUUAACUUUUGUGUUUCACUCCAAGUAAAAUGCGAAAUCGGUGUAGAUAAAAAAUUAUAUAUAUUUCCCUACACCCACAACUCGAAAAGAAUGAAAUUCAAAUGUCCAAAAUGCCAAAAUCUACUCCAAAUUUUCAUCAGAAAUUGUAUUCGGUAUUCCACAAGCAACAGAGUAAGAAAUAGCAUACCGUCUUAUGCAAACAAGCACUGACAGAGCACGCAGACAAGACAUACGAGCAAAACACAUUUUUUUAGAAACUAUAAACCAAACUGAUUAAAAUAGAUAUUUAAACGAAGGAAGAUAGACAGCUAAUUAUAUUUUGGUAGGUUAAAAAUGCAUUUAAAGUUUAUGAAACAGAAAAUUAAGAAUGAAAUUAAAAGCAAAAUAACGAAUACUCGAUCGAAUGUUGAACACAACACGUGCAACAUGUGGCUUAGAUUUUUUGGAAACAUAAGUUUCCUUCUGUUAUGAUAGGUACUGCUGCUGAUCGGCAGACAAAGAUAAUUUGUGAAAGAUGAAUGACUAGUUGCGGAGUAAAUAAAAUAAUCCUAAACAUCA